AUGUCUCUCAAGGGAAAGACUGCCCUCAUCACUGGAGGAGCCAAGAGUCUUGGCGCCGAUAUUGCCAAAGAGCUUGCUGCACUUGGAGCCAACCCGGCCUUGCAUUACAACUCGGCCAAGUCGAAGGAAGAUGCCACAAAGUUCGAAGCUGUGCUCAAGGAGAAAUACCCUGGCAUCAAGUUCCGGUCCAACCAAGCCGACCUCACCACCGAGGCUGCCGUCAACAAAUUGUUCGACUCUGUGAAGAAGGACUUUGGGAAGAUUGACAUUGUUAUCAACACCGUGGGCAAGGUGCUCAAGAAGCCAAUUCAAGACGUUACGGAAGCCGAGUAUGAUGAGAUGUUUGCGGUCAACUCCAAGUCUGCAUUCUUCAUUCUCAAGGCCGGCGCCAAAAACGUCGAAGACGGCGGCAAGCUGAUAACCAUUGUCAGUGCUCUCCUCGCCGCCUUUACUGGCUUUUCUACUUCGUACGCCGGAUCCAAGGCUCCAGUUGAGCAUUUCACCCGGGGCGUCGCAAAGGAGCUUCAGCCCCCCGGAAUCAGCGUCAACGCAGUUGCUCCCGGCCCCAUGGAUACUCAGCAGCUCAAGGACAUAAUCCAAGACCUCUACCAAAUCAUGGUCCAAGUCUCAACCUACGACACCACCGGCCGCCCCAGCCGGGACGUCCUCUCCAACGAAAUGAAAACCCUCUCGGCAAGCCUGCAAGCCCUCCACGCAACGACAUCCGGCAACGCGUCGCUGCCGUCCGUCCCGCCCGAACUGCUCGAGUACGUCGAGAACGGCCGCAACCCGGACAUUUACACGCGCGAGUUCGUGGAGCUCGUGCGCCGCGGGAACCAGCUCAUGCGUGGCAAGAUGCACGCCUUUGGGGAGUUCAGGGACGUGCUGGCGCGCGAGAUGGCGACUGCGCUGCCCGAGGUCAGGGCCGACGUGGAGCGGGUUGUGCGCGAGACGGGUGGCCGGCCCCUGCCCGAGGUGAAUGGUGCUGCUGCUGCCGGUGCGUCUUCUUCUACAGGCGCGGCUGGGAACGGCGCGAGAUGA